UGUCAGCCGUUGGAUUCCUUCUUUCAAAGCCGUUGGAUAACUGAAUCGCAUGACACCCAUUCUUCAGAAGAUCAUCUUCAGUAUUGGCUGUAUCUUCUUCCUCUCGGCGGUCUUGACAUCCGCGCGAGCCCAGCCUCCAGUCCUCCCCCGGCCGCCGUGCUGCCGCCGGUCGCCGGGCCCCGCCUCUCCGGCUCCGCUCCGACCAGCCCUCAACCCUGGCCCCGCCACUGCUCGAAAGCACAGAUAAUUUCUGGUUUCCUUCCUUACAUUCUACAGUUCUAUCCAGGAGCGGAUAGGGGUGCUAUGCUUCGCCUUGGCCUCCAUCCUUGCCCCCACUUCUCCCCGCCGCAACCCCACCCCACCCUCCCCCGCCGGUUGGCCGCCUCUCCGCUCCCAAGGCCCCCCUUUCCAUCCGCCUUCACCGCGCUCCAAGCUCGAAACCCUCCGCUUCAGGCCGCCGUCAGCGGAGCCGCCUCCGGGGAGGAACGGCGGGGCGUGGAUGAGGGCGAGGAAGGCGCGGACCUGCACGAGGCGCUCACCAAGACGCGGCGGCUCGUCGAGUGCGCCAUGUUCGCAUCCGUUGCUGGUCUCGCCUACUUCCUCAGCAACUCCCUCGCCAUCGAGAAUUACUUCAGCUGCUUUUUUCCGUUGCCAAUAGUCAUCUCCUCCUUAAGAUGGGGAUUAGAAGCCGGCAGGAAAACUAUGGUGGCUACUGUUUUACUGCUCUUCACAUUGUCUGGCCCUGUCAAAGCAUUGACUUAUCUGCUUAUGCAUGGAGUAGUUGGUCUAUCCAUGGGUACUAUGUGGAGGUUGGAGACCAAUUGGAUUGUUUCCAUCAUAAUCUGCGCAAUUAUACGUGCAGUGGGAGCUUGUGGAUAUGUGUUAGUGACAUCGUUCUUGAUACGAGAAAAUAUUUUUCAGUUGGUAUGCCUNNNNAUACAUGCCUCCUUGACGUACAUUCUGGCGGCGGCUGGUGUGAACACGAUUCCAUCCAUGGAUGCAAUAUAUGUUAUCUUUGGGACACUGGUGCUGCUUAAUUCUGGAUUCUUUGUCUUCAUACUGCAUAUAAUUUACACAAUCUUCCUGACUAAGCUGGGAAUCAAGCCUUCACUGAGGCUUCCACGAUGGCUGGGGAAAGCAACGUCUAGUUGAUAGGUAGAAUGCCACCAUACUAAUUUGUACUUGAAGAUUUGCUCCCAUGGCCUUUGUAAUAUGAGCAUUGUUGUCCGGCUUUCUGGUAGAUGAUUGUGGUUUUACCGACAAGAUUUUUGUUGGUUGCGAUUCUGCAUUGGUGGCAUUGACUGAUCGACAAGUGUUGUAGAACUUGUGAGACUUGUCGAGUAUAUUGCCCCGGUCACGCCUUUCAUUUGAACUUUUUUUUUGCGGUGUUUCUGUUAAUAUAUAAUUUAGAAUUUUGGGGCAUUACUCCCUUCA